AUGGCAGGAGGACUGGAGGGGAUGAAGGCGAAGGCUCUCAUCGUCGGAGGGCUGGCGGGCACUGCUGCAGCUGCCUUUUACGUCACGGUGAUCUUGCCAAGUCAGUACAAGAACACACCCAUGCCCUCGGAUGUGUACAAGGAGGGCAGACCGUCGUCCUCCAAGAGCAUGUGGAAGAACAUGGCGCCGAGAGCAAAGAAGCUUGAUACCGACGAGGACGACUGA